GUUGCCGACCCCUCAUCUCAUGGAAUCAAAAGUUACACAUAUUAAUUCAACACUUCUACCAGAAUUGAUAGGAGAUAUUUCCGGAGAUUUCUAAACAACUUUAUUUUUUAAAAAAAAUUACUUUUGAAUUUUAAUCUUCUUUUAAAAAGAAAAAAGAUAGAAAGUUAUAUAGGUUUAGAUCUUAAAAGAACUUUAAUGCGAGAAGAAAGAUAUAUGGAUGCGGAAGAAGUGCAAAUGGAGGAUUUAGAAGCUCAACAAAAGAAGACAAUGGAAUCUGAUCGAACCAAAAUUCAGAAAAAGGCUAAGCAACCCGUUACAUUGAAGUUUAAGGAUGUGGUGUACAAGGUGAAAUUUCAAAUACCGAGCAAUAAAAAGGUUAAAAACACUACAGAUUCACCAUUGCGAGAGCGGAUCAUACUAAAUGGGAUUUCGGGUGUGGUAAAGCCCGGCGAAAUGCUAGCAAUGCUCGGUCCUUCAGGAAGUGGUAAAACCACCCUUUUAACGGCCUUAGGUGGUCGACUAGGCGGCCACCUCAAAGGAACCAUUACAUACAACGGGAAGCCAUUCUCGAACCAAAUGAAACGAAACACCGGUUUUGUGACACAAGAUGAUGUGCUCUAUGCUCAUUUAACUGUCACGGAAACACUAGUAUACACUGCACUAUUAAGACUACCAAACACAUUUACCAAAGAACAAAAGAUUGGUGUAGCUGAGGAUGUUAUGCUCCAAAUGGGCCUAACUAGGUGCAAGAAUAGUAUUAUUGGGGGCCCGUUUAUGAGGGGCAUUUCUGGUGGUGAGAGGAAGAGGGUUAGUAUUGGGCAAGAGAUGUUGAUUGACCCGAGCCUUUUGUUCCUCGACGAGCCUACAUCGGGCUUGGAUUCAACUACGGCCCAACGAAUCGUGUCUACGUUGUGGGACCUAGCACAAGGAGGGAGGACAGUUGUGAUGACUAUACAUCAACCUUCAAGUAGGUUGUUCUACAUGUUUCAUAAGGUCUUAUUGUUGUCUGAAGGUAACUCUUUGUAUUAUGGUAGUGGUUCUGAUGUUAUGGACUACUUUCAAAGUGUUGGGUACGUCCCCAAAGUUCCGAUGAAUCCGGCUGAUUUUCUCCUAGACCUCGCAAAUGGGGUUUCACCGGAUGAGUCAGAAGAUCAAGUCAUGGUAAAAGAAAGGCUAAUUGUGGCAUCCAAGAACCAUAUAGCAACCAAAUUGAAAGCAGAAUUGCAAGAAGAAGACGGUGUGGUUGCUGAUCAUAAUAAGAAUGAGUCUAAUACGAACGUUGGGAAGUGGCCAACUACUUGGUGGCAACAAUUCACCGUACUUCUUCAAAGGGGUAUGAAAGAGCGAAAGCACGAAUUUUUCGACGUCCUUAAGAUCACACAAGUCAUUGUUGUAGCUUUCCUAGUAGGACUUUUAUGGUGGCAGUCCAAGAUCACACACUUACAGGACCAGAUUGGACUUCUAUAUUUCUCAACCGGAUUUUGGGGGUUCUUCCCAUUAUUUCAAGCCAUCUUCGCAUUCCCACCAGAACGUAUGGUACUCGCAAAGGAACGAUCAUCAGGAAUGUACAGACUAUCAUCUUAUUUCGUAGCACGAAUGGUUAGUGAUCUACCAAUGGAGCUCAUACUACCCACAAUAUACAUCGCCAUAACUUAUUUUAUGGGAGGACUCAAGUAUAAGGCCACAUGUUUCCUCUACUACUUGUUCUCUCUUCUCUUAAGCAUCAUGGUUUCGCAAGGCCUAGGCCUUGCGUUAGGAGCACUUGUCAUGGACCUUAAGGCCGCGACCACUUUAGGGUCAGUGCUCAUGCUUACAUUUCUCCUAGCAGGCGGCUUCUACGUUCAACACAUCCCUGCCUUUAUUAAAUGGAUUAGGUACUUAUCGAUUAUGAACUACAAUUACAAGCUGCUGCUCGGGUCGCAGUAUAAGCCAGGGGAGACUUAUCCAUGUGGUGAAGGUAAAUUGUGCUUGGUGGAAGAUUUUCCUUCUGUUAAAUCAGUAGGACUUAGAGGGCAGCUUGUUUCGGCGGUUGUUUUGAUCGUAAUGUUUGUUGUGUAUAGGGUCAUUGCUUAUGUUGCACUUAUGCGUAUUGGUGUAACGCGAAAGAUUAAGAAAGCCUAAAUAUUGUAUGCUUAGCAUUCUAUUAGUGAUUUUGGUAGUAUUUGGAUCUAUACUCUUCAACAAUAAUGUUUGCAAGAUUUUAUACAAUGUAUUAUAGUAGCUCUUACUGAAAAACAAACAUUUUGUUAUAUUGUUGUUGUCCUUGUUGAUAUUUAGACUAGUUUGAUGAAGAACAAAUAGUCUGACCUUUUUGUAUAUC